AUGAGUUGUCUCUCCUUCCUCCUUCUUUGCUUGACUUCGGUUGCCAGUGGCAACAAAGCCAAUAAGCACAAGCCAUGGAUCGAGACGGAGUACCAGGGUAUCGUCAUGGAGAACGACAACACCGUUCUUCUCAACCCACCACUGUUCGCCCUGGAUAAAGACGCUCCACUGCACUACGCAGGUGAGAUCUGUGGCUUCCGGGUGCACAAUGGGCCCUCGGGAUCCAGUUCGGUCCAGUUUGAGGCGGUGGUUCUGGACCGCUCGACAGGGGAGGGCCUGGUCCGCUCUAAAGAGCCAUUGGACUGUGAGAGCCAGCGGGAGCACAGCUUCACCAUCCAGGCCUAUGACUGUGGAGAGGGCCCCGAUGGAGCCAACAGCAAGAAGUCCCACAAGGCCACAGUGCAUGUACGUGUGAACGACGUAAACGAGUUCUCCCCAGUGUUCGUGGAGCGUCGCUACGAGGCCUCCGUCCCUGAAGGCCGUCUGUUCGACCGCAUCGUGCGCGUUGAGGCCCUCGACGCAGACUGCUCCCCGCAGUACAGCCAGAUCUGCUUCUACGACAUCAUCACCCCCAACGUUCCCUUUGUCAUCGAUAACGAUGGUAACAUUAAGAACACAGAGCCAUUGGAUUCGAAGCGCCAGCGUGUCCACACCUUCUGGGUGACCGCGUUCGACUGUGGCAAGAACCGCGCUCAGGCCGACGCCCAGGUCGUCGUCACGGUCAAACCGUCCUGCAAACCCGGCUGGAUCGGCUGGUCGAAGCGGGUGGAGUAUACCCCCGGGUCAGGCAGCAUUCCCCUGUUCCCCAGUUUGCACCUGGAGACCUGCGAAGAGACUGUGUGGAACAUCCAGGCCACCGUAGAGCUGCAGACUGGCCAUAUUGGGAAGGGAUGUGACAGGGACAGCUACUCAGACCGAUCAGUGCGCAGACUCUGUGGUGCUGUGAGAGGUGAAGUGGACUUACUCCCGCCCCCGUCCCCAGCAGCCAAUUGGACCUCAGCCUUGCCCACCCUCCCUUCUUCUGAUUCGUCCCUGGUGUUCUCCUUCAAUGGCUCCACCCACGUUGCCAUGGUACCCGACUCUAUUGCCGCGGCCGUAUCCGGAGACCAUUUCACCCUCCAGCUGUGGAUGCGAAGGGGUGGGAUCAACACCCAGCCUCCGACUAAUCAGGCCAGAGGAAACCGCAGGGAGGAGGAGACUAUUGUCUGCAGUACUGUCAAGAAUGACGAAUCCUUCUCCCACUACUCUCUCUCCGUUCACGGCUGCCGUCUAUCUCUUUUCUACUGGCCCGACGUCUCCGCUGCGCGGCCUGUGAAAUUCCUCUGGAAACUGGAGCAGGUGUGUGACAGCGAGUGGCAUCACCUGUCCCUCAGUGUCCAGUUCCCCUCUGUGACACUGUACGUGGACGGAGUCACCUUCGACCCCGCCCUCAUCCACGACAACGGAGCCAUACCCAACCCUGCCCCACGACAGCGACUGGUCAUUGGCGCCUGCUGGGAGACAGAAGAUAAACAGAAGAACAUCCUUAACAACACCAUCCCUGAGGGGAAAGACACAGGGAAGUAUGUGGGUGGUUACCGUGGACUGUUGUCAGGGGUGACGGUGCGUCCAGGGAGUGUGGAGCCCCACAGUGUGGUGGAGUGUCUGUACGCCUGCAGGGAGGGGCUGGACUUUGGGGACCUGGAGACCUUGGGCUCAGGCAUGAAGGUGCAUGUGAACCCCAGUCAGUCUGUGCUGGUUCUGGAGGGUGAUGACAUUGAGAGCUUCAACAGGGCCGUGCAGCAGGUCACCUACAGGAACUCUCUCCGCUUCGCCACCCCUGGAGUCAGGCCACUCAAACUGACCACCUCCCUCAGGUGUUUCAAUGAAGAGAGUUGUCUUACGCUCAGGCAGUUGGAGGGCUACCUGGUGGUCCUUCAGCCCGAUGCCCCUCAGAUCUCCCUGUCUGGGGUCGGCCCCCACCUGGCCCGCCCCGCGCCUGAAUUUGAGGGCCCCCGUGGUGUACCCCUCUUCCCAGAGCUGAGGAUCGUGUGCUCCCUGUCUCAUACUGUUAACACAGCCGCUCAGGGCAUGGAGGGAGGAGUUAGCGAUCCUCUGAUGUCAGACGCCGUGGCCCACACUCUGGACGGCUGUGAGGUCCAGCCCCUGGGGGAGGAGCUAAACCCAGAGAGGGAGGAGCUCCUGGUGGACAUGGAUGCCCUGAGAGAGAGGGGUCUGGAGAUAAUCAACACCACUGCUUACAUCGCCAUCACAGGAGCUGAGUCCAUCUCCGUGUAUGAGGAUGUCCUUCGGUCCGUCCGUUACCGGCUGGCUAAAGGCUCGGCCCGCUUUGAGAGGCGGUUCCGUCUGUCCUGCUCCGAGAUGAAUGGCAGAUACACCAGCAACGAGCUCACACUGGAGGUGAACUUCCUGCACUCCCUAGACAGUCUGUACCACCCGUCUCACCUCCUGGCCUCCCAGCAGCAGUUCCUUCACCCGUCUCAUCACUCUGGGGAGCUGAGCGGACACACCCUGCCUAACCCCCACCGCAACUCAGUGGUGCCAGGAGCGGCCACAGUCAUCAUCAUGGUGUGCGUGGGCUUCCUGGUUGUCAUGGUGAUCCUGGGAGUGUUUCGAAUCCGCUCCAUCCACCGCCGUGGCGAGGGCGCCAGGGGAGGGUCUAAGGAGGAUAGCGGCCAAUGGGAUGACUCUGCCCUCACCAUCAUCGUCAACCCCAUGGAGUCCUAUGAGUCUCGUAUGGGCAUCUCAGCCGACACCGAAGGUGAGGGGGAGGAGGACGAGGAAGUGGUGGAGUCACCCGAUGACGCCAACGACGACCAGCGAAUCAUCAUCAAGAAAGAGGGCAGAGACGGCAACCCCCGUCGCUACUAA